AUGGGCAUCAGAGCGGUCGGUUUCUUGAAGCCGUCAGAGUAUGGCGAUGAUGCUUCUAAAUAUUUAAAUAAAUUUAGAGAACAUCUAUUCCAAUUAGGUGCAUUUGGCUUCGAAACUUGGACUUGCAAAAUUUAUUCUCGAAAAGCACAGACAGAUUCAAUACUUCGUCUUAUUUCAUUCAACGAUACACCAGAUCAGAACAUAUUAAUUACAAAGAGCACAACAUUAGUAGGCGAUGCAAACUUUCAAAGUGUUUUAAAGGAUAUCGGCUUACCUUUCGAUAAGACACUCAUUUUUAAGAUUGAUGGAUCUAUGGCUCAGCUUGGCGAUUUCAAAGUUCGCUAUGGAGUGUCAAUUGUUAAAGAAAAACAAGUUGGUAUAUUGUUUGACAUAGAAUACCUUCCUGUUACGAAACUUUCUGUAAAUUCAGAUCUCAUAUUCUCUAGUGUUUGUAAAACAAUGGAUCUUCAAGCAAAACUUUAUACUCCUCAAAAUUCCGAAUCAAAUGAAUACAAUUUCUCAUGUUUAGGCCAAGAUUAUAUAAGAAUUUUACUUGAUAAUGAUAUAGCACAGUGA